AGAAUGUUGAUCAGUUUUGCAGCUAGAAAUAGUCUGUCAUAGGCAGCAAAUGCACUAACUCACUGGCACUGGACAAAUGACAGAAUCAAGAGUUAUCAUGACAGCAGCAGAAUAUCCUGACUUUAAAAACCAGAGUUCUUCAUCAUGCACAGACAUGAAGUGUGUCUUCUCCUCAGUGGCAAAUGUGAUCACCUUCAUCCUGGGGAUUGCUGGAAUCAGUUUGGUGAUCUGGAUUGCAGGCUCAGGUCAUUGCCACCUGGUACCUGAGCAUGUCACCAUGUCCAACUUUACAAUGUGCUCCACCUUGCCCUUUGGUAUCGUCCAAAGGAUUACAGAAGAAUGGAUAUUUGGGCUCUUCGUGUGCAAAUUCAGUCUGCGAGCAUCUGAGUUCUGUGACUGCGUUACACUCCUGGAAUUUCCUGAAGGAUCAUAUGUCUCUCACUCCUCCAUCUUUUGGCAAAUACCCAUCACUGUCAAGUUAAGCAUUGCCUGAGUACUGACUGGUCACACCUGAACUUCAUCUCUCUGUUAUAUAAAUGGUCUCUUACUGAGUGUUUUCCUGUUUGCCAUUUUUGUGUUUAACUUUUUUGUGUAA